CCGUCGCGUUAGUUUUGACAGAGCGCGAUGGCGGCUACCGGGCUUGCGGGUUUCUCCGCUGCCGUGUCGGAAAAGCAAGAGUUUUACCAGCUUCUGAAGAACCUCAUCAAUCCAAGCUGUAUGGUGCGGAGGCAGGCCGAGGAGAUCUAUGAAAAUAUCCCGGGUCUGUGUAAGACUACGUUCCUCAUAGAUGCCGUCAGAAAUAGAAGAGCAGGUUAUGAGGUGAGACAAAUGGCUGCCGCACUGCUACGACGGCUUUUGUCCUCUGGGUUUGAGGAAGUCUAUCCAAACCUACCUCCUGAUGUUCAGAGGGACGUCAAGAUUGAACUAAUACUGGCUGUGAAGUUAGAAACACAUGCCAGCAUGAGGAAAAAACUUUGCGAUAUUUUUGCGGUGCUGGCCAGGAAUUUGAUAGAUGAGGAUGGCACUAACCACUGGCCCGAAGGUUUGAAAUUCCUGAUUGAUUCCAUCUACUCUAAAAAUGUGGUUCUAUGGGAAGUUGCAAUUCACGUUUUCUGGCACUUUCCUGGGAUUUUUGGGAACCAAGAGCGGCACGAUUUGGAUAUCAUCAAACGGUUGUUGGACCAGUGUAUUCAAGAUCAGGAGCAUCCAGCUAUCAGGACAUUAUCCGCUAGAGCUGCAGCUGCAUUUGUCCUUGCUAAUGAGAAUAAUGUCGCUCUUUUCAAAGACUUUGCAGACUUGCUGCCAGGAAUCUUACAGGCUGUGAAUGACUCCUGCUACCAGGAUGAUGAUUCCGUCCUGGAAUCCCUUGUUGAGAUUGCUGAUACUGUUCCUAAGUACUUGGGCCCUUAUUUAGAAGAUACUCUGCAGCUGAGUUUAAAGUUAUGCGGCGACUCUAGGCUUAGUAAUCUGCAACGCCAGCUGGCUCUUGAAGUAAUAGUGACCUUGUCUGAAACGGCAACCCCAAUGUUGAAGAAAUAUACAAAUAUUAUUGCACAGGCUAUCCCUCACAUAUUAGCGAUGAUGGUUGAUCUACAAGAUGACGAGGACUGGGUAAAUGCUGAUGAAAUGGAAGAAGAUGAUUUUGACAGCAAUGCAGUUGCUGCCGAGAGUGCACUAGACAGACUGGCUUGUGGACUCGGUGGAAAAGUGGUUUUACCAAUGACCAAGGAGCAUAUCAUGCAGAUGCUUCAGAGCCCUGACUGGAAAUAUCGACAUGCUGGAUUAAUGGCCUUAUCUGCCAUUGGAGAAGGAUGCCAUCAGCAAAUGGAAUCAACUCUAGAUGAAAUGGUUAACUCUGUUUUGCAUUUUCUUCAGGAUCCUCACCCGAGGGUGAGGGCUGCAGCCUGUAGUACACUUGGACAGAUGGCUACAGAUUUUGCACCUAGUUUCCAAAAGAAAUUCCAUGAAACAGUGAUUGCAGCUUUGUUGCGUACCAUGGAAAAUCAAGGUAAUCAGCGCGUGCAAUCACAUGCAGCUUCUGCUCUUAUUAUUUUUAUCGAAGACUGCCCCAAAUCAUUGCUAGCUCUAUAUUUAGAUAGCAUGGUGAAAAACUUACAUUCCAUCCUGGUGAUUAAACUGCAAGAAUUGAUUCGGAAUGGAACAAAGUUGGCCUUGGAACAGCUUGUGACAACCAUUGCCUCAGUUGCAGAUACAAUAGAAGAAGAAUUUGUUCCGUACUAUGAUAUAUUUAUGCCCUCUCUAAAGCACAUUGUUGAGCUUGCUGUUCAAAAGGAACUCAAGCUUCUGAAAGGAAAAACUAUUGAAUGCAUCAGCCAUGUUGGCCUUGCUGUUGGGAAGGAAAAAUUUAUGCAAGAUGCAUCAAACGUGAUGCAGCUGUUGUUGAAGACACAAUCAGACUUAAAUAACAUGGAAGAUGAUGACCCUCAGAUCUCUUACAUGGUUUCAGCAUGGGCUAGGAUGUGUAAAAUUCUUGGCAAAGAUUUUCAACAGUACCUUCCACUGGUUAUUGAGCCUCUUAUUAAGACUGCUUCAGCUAAACCUGAUGUCGCUCUCUUAGACACGCAGGAUGUGGAGAAUAUGAGUGAUGAUGAUGGCUGGCAGUUUGUAAAUCUUGGAGACCAGCAGAGUUUUGGAAUUAAAACUUCAGGACUUGAAGCAAAAGCGACUGCUUGCCAGAUGUUGGUUUACUAUGCUAAGGAGUUAAGGGAAGGAUUUGUGGAAUAUACGGAACAAGUUGUGAAGCUGAUGGUUCCCUUACUGAAGUUUUAUUUCCACGACAAUGUUCGAGUGGCAGCAGCAGAGUCCAUGCCUUUUCUGCUAGAAUGUGCAAAAAUUAAUGGACCGGAGUAUCUUGCACUGAUGUGGCAAUUCAUAUGUGAUCCCUUAAUCAAGGCUAUUGGGACGGAACCUGAUGCAGAUGUACUCUCAGAAAUAAUGAAUUCUUUUGCAAAGUCCAUCGAAGUAAUGGGAGAUGGGUGUCUCAAUGAUGAGCACUUGGAAGAACUGGGAGGAAUACUGAAAGCAAAGCUCGAAGGGCACUUUAAAAACCAAGAAUUGCGACAGGUUAAAAGGCAGGAAGAAAACUACGACCAGCAGAUUGAAAUGUCUCUGCAAGACGAGGAUGAAUGCGAUGUUUAUAUUCUAACCAAAGUAUCAGAUAUCUUGCACUCAUUAUUUAGUACUUACAAGGAAAAGAUCUUACCAUGGUUUGAACAGCUACUUCCGUUAAUUGUAAAUCUAAUUUGUUCAAGUAGGCCAUGGCCAGACAGACAGUGGGGACUAUGCAUAUUUGAUGAUAUCAUAGAGCACUGCAGUCCGACCUCGUUUAAAUACGUAGACUAUUUUCGGUGGCCAAUGCUACUAAACAUGCGGGACAAUAACCCUGAAGUCAGGCAAGCUGCUGCCUAUGGCCUGGGAGUUAUGGCACAGUUUGGUGGAGAUGAUUAUCGUUCUUUAUGUUCAGAAGCUGUUCCACUGCUGGUAAAAGUUAUUAAGUGUGCAAAUUCUAAAACCAAAAAAAGUGUCAUUGCUACAGAGAAUUGUAUCUCAGCAAUAGGGAAGAUUUUGAGGUUUAAGCCUAACUGUGUGAAUGUGGAUGAAGUUCUUCCACACUGGUUAUCAUGGCUUCCACUGCAUGAGGAUAAAGAGGAAGCUCUUCAGACUUUGAGUUUUCUCUGUGACUUAAUUGAAAAUAACCACCCAGUUGUACUUGGUCCAAAUAAUUCCAAUCUUCCCAAAAUAAUCAGUAUAAUUGCUGAAGGAAAAAUUAAUGAGACAAUUAACUGUGAAGAUCCUUGUGCCAAACGCCUAGCUAAUGUUGUGCGCCAGGUCCAGACUGAUGACGAGUUAUGGUUGGAAUGCGUAUCCCAACUUGAUGAGGAACAGCAGGCAGCCUUACAGGCGUUGCUAAAUUUUGCUUGAAGCACUUUAAUAUCACUUGAAUAUCAUUUACCAUAAAAGUAACUCCAAAUAAAUAUCAGCAGUUUAUAUCUCUUUGCCACAUUUCUCCAGGAUUAGUCAGUGUUACAGCCUUCUGUCCACCUUGCAUGUUUUAUCUCUUAAACACAGACCCUUGGUGAUGACCUGUGCUUCCAUUGUCUUAGAAUGUUUGUCACUUUUCCCCUAGUUGAUAUGAAGUAUAUACAUUUUUGCUGUUCGUCUGACGUAUUGAUGCUGGGCAAGCAAUAUACUUGGUGUCAAGAUGUCAUGCUGAAUACCACAAGAUGGUAGUAAGAACUCACAAACAUAAAAUACGAGAACUUUCAGAACAAACGUCUUUGGAAUUGUAGGGGAACGAACUAAUGGCAGGCUUAUUCCUACUUUGUAACACGCCUGGCUGUCAUGGUAAUGGGAGGAUGCUGAAACUGGGAGACAUUUUUGAGAUGUUGCAGCAGUGUGGAGAGUUCAUAGUGUACUCUUAGGACCUGGGGGGGACGUAUCCCUAGUCUAAUUCCCCAGGUGUCCAGCUGAGAGUUAUAAGAACUUUAAAACCUCCUUAACUAGGCUGUUCUCUACUUAAGUUCUCCAGGAUUCCAAGAACCAUGGCUACUGAAAAGGGAAUCCUGGUACAUCUAACAUUGGUAGCAUAUAGCAUACUGAAACAGUGUUUGACAAAUAGUAAGUAACCAGUAUUUAUGGAAGGAGUCAAUUAGUGUUACGUGUUUAAGCAGUGUAUCAUUUUGUGUAUGUAUGCCAUUUUCCACCCUGGAAAGCAGCUCAACAAGAACAGAAGCCCUGAUUUAGAAUGGGGCUUAAAUAGACGACUAUUCCUUAUAGAUUCUGUAGUAGCACUGGAAUAUUCUAUUGUGAAAGUGAAAAGGAAAAGUUAAUUUUAGCUUUAAACAUGAAAAAGAAAACAGCUUUGAGACUAGUCAUUCAGCAGUAGAUAUACAUUAGGAGAAAACCUUUCCUAGAUUUCUAUAAAUCUAGGAUUAUUUAUAUUAAUUGGAAUGUUGGUCUUUAAUGUCGAGCUUUUUGUAUGGUAGGAGAAAAGCUGUCUACUCAAAAAAUAAUUGAUCCCACAACUAAUAAACAAAUACAUCUGUCAUGAUUUCCUGAGGCUAUUGUGAGUACUGGGUAUGUAAAGUAUUUAGCAAAUAUUUAAGACCUAAUAAGUGUUCAAUAAAUGGUAGCUGUUGUUGCUGUUGUUUGUA